AUGACAUCUGACCAGACGUCUUCGCUCGUUGCAUCAUGUCUUCCUUCUCAUUAUCCGACCUUCCCUCGACCGCCCUCCGGCGUGCAGCGUCCCUCGCGGAUGACGGCGAUUCCCUCGGAGAUAUGGCUGUCUGUCGUCCGUUUGAUGUUUGAAAGCGAGGAAUUCGUGUCUCUGGCGUGUUUCGCCGCCACGUCCAAGUUCGGCGCCGCCAUCGCUCAGCCGUUCCUUUACAGGGACGUGGUUAUACGGCGAAGCAACAAUCGUAAUCGCAAACGCGCGGAAAUUGAAAGGCGCAAAGUAGUCCUGCUGGCACUGCUCCAGCGACGCCCAGUGCUGAAAACCUACAUCCGAUCCAUCUUCAUCCAUUCAUCCUGCCGUGACACUUGGUGGUUGACCAACGAAACGAUGAUUGCGCUGGUCUCCUACUUGUUUCGCAGGGACGACACCUUCGCGACCAACUUGACCAGCGUUUCUGUCGUCGGACACGGGCGAACUGGUCUUGACGGUCGCCUUUUCCACACAACCAUUUUCGCAUCGCUUCCCCCGACUGUCCUUUCAGUUACCCUCUCCAACAUUCGCUUCUUAUCUCCUCGCGUGUUUUACGCAUUAUCGCAUGUUUCCCAGCUUCGGUUCACCAAUGUCUUCUGCCACGCCAUCGGAUGUCGCACCGUAUCCAGUCUUGUUCAGGCGGUUCCUCCUGCUCCCGUUGGGAGGCGUCCAGUCGUCCGGCAUUUGGAGUACUCGCGGCAGGUGGUUCAGGCGGAUACGUACUAUGGUAGCCCUUGCGAGGUGGUCGGACAGUACGUUCAAUUGGGUCAGCUCGUGGAGGGCAGUUUUCGCACCGAUCACGCCGAUGACUACAGUAUGCUGUUUGCUGUCCUGCAGCAGGCUGCUGGUAGCCUUCGUGUUCUGACUUUGGACGUGACGGGUAUUACCAUUGAUCGUUAUUUUCGCCAAUACCCUCGUUCCACCCAAUUUCCUGCGCUCCACGCGCUCACGGAUCUCGCCCUGGUCGUCACUUACUCCAGCGAUCACCCUGUUCGGGAGCAUCCUUGGAAGGGGCUUGUCUUCGCCUUGAAUUCGUUGAAUACGCCGUUGUUGGAGCGCUUGAUAGUCCGCAUCGUUUACAGGAGCUACUGGAAGGUGGAUUUCAUGCGAUUCCUCGCAGCGUCAUCCGACUGGGAGGUUUUGGACAGCGCGCUUCGAGCUCGGAUGCACAUCUUCCCGAGUCUCCGGAUCGCUUUGGAAUUUCGCAACUUCGGGCGUUCGCAGACUAUGCUCUGGGGCCAAGGAGAGCGUGCCCGAGCCUUCUUGAUUCACCAGUACAUCCAGACCUCCAGGAAUGUCGGCGAACUUCGGUACGGGGUGUUGACGUUGUCCCAGAUCGCGCGCAUGCUUCCUUCUCUUUUUUCAAUGCCGUCUGCUCGGUCGCGGAUCGAUUUUUCGUGGACCUAG